UUGAAGUUCAUAUAAAAAUAAUGGAUUUCUUUUUCCCCAAACUAAUAUUUGCGAUUAAGACAACGUUUACGAAGCUUACUACGCGGAAAAACACGGGUACUUAAAUGAACUCAGAAUUUAAUAUACUGGUCAACAAUACAUACUCUUCAUAGGGUCUUAAAGCUUCUUUUUGGGUGCUGAAACUAACACGUUCCCUUCCUUGUAAAAGUAUAUAUAGUAUAAAAAAUUAACUUUUUGUUUAUUACUUAUCAACUACACCAAUAAAAAUUUAUAAAAUAGGACAAAGAUAGCGGGUAUUGAAGAUUAAAUAAAAAUUUUACUUGCGUACUUGUUUAUUUACACAUGAAGUUGAGUUAUAAUAAAAUUAUGGUGAAAUGAUAUAAGAUCUUCCAAUAGCAAAUCUUAUACUAAACAUAAGGACUUAGGAUAUACUAAAUAGAAAAAAAAAAUUUUAUUUGUAAACAAACAAGAGAAAAAAAAAAAACUUUCGUACAUUUAACGCACACAUGCUGCAGCUAUAGAUUUAGGCUAGGAGCGAAGGAUUAACCCUUGGCUUAGCAAAUGAUAUCUAUGAACAUAUCAAAUUUAAAUAGCGAAUCCUAUGAAGCUUGAAAGAUUAAAAGACGAUUUAGAUACGGCAUCAGCAAGACGUGCGUGUUAAGGAGAGCUAAUUUGAUAGUCCGAUAUUAAGAUUAAAUUUUAGAUAUCACACAGAUUUUUGUAGAGGAUGCCAAACGGGUUGAAAAGUUCAUAGCUACGUCUGCAUUGGCCGCGUUGAAGUAGUUAUAAUCUGAGAAUACCAGAUACCAUGCCAGCAGGAUCUAAGGCUUCAAUCACCAUAAAUGUUGCAAUACAUCACACACAGAAAUAAAGUCAUUAAUAUGACAAUAUGCAGCUCCAACAAUUCGGCAGAUAUAAAGCAUUUACCGGGGUUAUAGCGAUUAUUAACAGCCUUGAUGUAAAUCAGCCAGAUUUAGUAAUAUUCACACUCCAGCAUACUCGACAGUGGGAGUUUCUACAUGAGCCCGCUUCACCAUCUUUAAAACAUAAUCAACGGCAAUCAGGAAGCCGUUCAAGCUGGGUGUAUACGCAGUAGAAGCAACCGAAAUUGAGAAAGGCAAUCAAUUUGCAGUCUGCAAGAAACCAUAUCGUACGUAUCAGUGCCAUAAUUCGUAACGCUUGUACACUAACUAUUUGAGUCCCUAGCACGUGGCUAGCAGAUGUUCAUCAAUUGUGUAAACGUAUAUCAUAUGUUACUACAAAUGAAGCCGACAUCAAAAGAGUCGCAGAAAAUAACCACAAGUUACCUUACACAAAACUGACGGUUCAGCAAAGCAAACCACAGUUCUGUUAGCUACAAUUGAAUUAUGGGUGAAGAGUGGAGUAUUUUAUUCCAUUAAGAGGUUUGCUGAACUAAGUAUCACAAUGGUGUUUUAUUAUUGAAAGGGCAGCUCAACUGCUGAAAAUACGAAGAGAGCGAUCAAAGAAAUGCUAGAGAACAGAAACGUGAGCAAGAGUGAAAUCUCGGCACACGUCAGAGAAAAGUGGUAUCAGAAAACACUAAACAUAAAGCUGUUUGUUCUACCUCAUAUUGGAAGUCAAAUACCUUGCAGGUUGGUAAGAUGGAAAAGGCAAAUGAAAAGAAGGACUUAGCUGACCGAGAAUAUUAAAUUCCUGGCAAGAAUGAGAUAUUACUAGUUGGGGAUAUAUAUACGGAUCGCUGCUUGAACAGGGUAAUCCGUAUAGAAUGAAUUGUGAAAGAAGUUUUCCGAACAAGAAGAGGUCUUAACGAAAAAAGAAAAGGAGUAUGAAGGACCGCUCAAACAAACCACAAGAAGAUCAACGAAGAAUCUGAAAGAUACACAGUUAGACUACAAUUCAAAAUGCAUCCCAUUGGAACUAUCCUGGAAGAAAACAAUAACGAAGCUCCAUCAUGUGGAAAUACAACCAGAGCAAAAACCGGAGCUGAAAAGUCAAUGCUAUUCAAUUUUGCAAGAAUACCUUGAGGUUGGGCACAUUUUAUAUGUGUCUGCUACUGCUAAUUAUGAAGUAGAUUCGACACAAUCCUACUAUCUGCCUUGUCAUCCAGUGAUUAAACAAGAUAGCUUCACUUCAAAAGUCAGAGUUCGACGCCUUACAUAAGAUAUCUUCGGGACAUCCGUCAACGACUUAUGAUUUAUAACGAUGGUUAGAUGAACGGUAUUUUCUUCUAAUUCAGCUUGCAGAGGAUCCGCAAUUUACAUCACAGUUUGUUAGUGAACCGCAGCGUCAGAUAGGUAGAUCGCAACAACAUUAUACAAGGAUAUAAACAAAAUCUUAGAAAGAACCAAGCUAAACAUCCGAAAACGGCGUCAAAUUUAGACAAAAUUCUACAGCAUAUUGCACCAGAAGAUAAAGCUACACCUGCAGCAGUAGACAUCAAUGUAGGUAAUGUUAUAAAAAUAUUAUGGACCCAGUGGCUUCCGCGACUAGAUGUAUUUCACGUUCAAGUCAAAAUAGCAGACUCUGAUUCAAACAGCAGCACCAAACGAAUCAUUAUUUCAAAUGUCGCAAAUGUGUUCGAUCUGUUAGGAUGCAUCCAACCAAUUACAACAACGGGAAAAAUCGUCAUAAAAAGAAUUAUGGCUACUAAAGAUUAAUUGGGCCUGAUUUACCCUUUUUACCCUAAUGGCCGGCACUAGGAACCGCCUCAAAAUUAUCAUUUGAACUUAAUUGUUUCUGUGAUGGUUCACUGGCAGGUUACGCAGCAGCAGUCCACAUAGGUGUCAUAGAUAGCAGCAAUAAGAUGGCUGUGUCCUUGAUGACAUGGAAAUCGAAUGUAGCGUCAUCUAAAGUCGAACACAUUCCAAGAAUAGAGCUAUGUGGUGCUGUUUUAUCAAACAGGCUCGUAAUACUGGUCAAGCAAUCAUACGAGUUUUCCAAUCACACGCCAACAUAUUGUCGGAUAGAAUCAACAAUUGCUUUAUCUUGGUUUGGCGAUCAUCUAGUCUAGAUUCGUCCAGUUACCACAUACAGUCAAUGGAGAUAUGUUAAGACAAGCCAAAGCCAAGCAGACAUGGUUACGAGACACACAAAACAAGUUAGAGCUGGAAGGUCCAGAGUGGCAGAACCUCAAGUUAUAUACUCAUUUAGAAACGGAAAAUUUGAAAAGAAGAUUUGAAGUUGCGAUAAUGCUGCGGAAGACACCGAUUUUAAUUUACUUCAAAGGUAUUCAAGUUUUAACAAACUGGUUAGAGACGCAGCGUAUUGUUUUAGAACGAAACAAAAACGAUCAGCGUAUACGUUCACCCACACUUAAUUGUCCAAGAAUGAAAGCGUGCUGAACUCGCGUGCAAAAGAUGCAUUUCAAAGACGAGUUGGAAAAUUUUGUAAAAGGGACACUCUAUCGCAUUGUCGUCAAAAUUACUGUCCAUCGCAUUAUUCGUAGGUGAAGAAAAAUCGGCUACAAACACAUAGCAUUAUCUGAUAGUCAAAAACAUGCUAUAAUUUUAAGUUCAAACUGUAAAAUAUGUGAGCACCAUUGUGUGCGAACAGCAGACGGCGGCAAUCAAGUCACACCAACAAGUAUCAGAGGGCAGUACUGAAUAUUGCAGCUACCAAAGUUAAUAAAAUCCUAUAUUCACAAAUGCACGAAAUGUUUCAGAAAUAAUGCCAAAACAAACCCGAUCUCGAGUUACACCCGGAAGGGCGUUCAAGAAAAGCGGUGUAGAUUUCGCUGGCCUCAUCACUUUAUAGUGGUCCUCAGGGCGAGGGGCGACAACGGCAAAGCCAUUUGUCUAACCGCAAGAGGCUCCAGUCAACAAGAACAAAGUCCACUUGAGGAACAGAUAGAAAAUACAUUUUGUCGGCAUUGGAACACAGAGCAUUUGUGUCGGCUGAAACAACGCCCAAAUGGAUGAAUACCUUCUAACUAAAUUAGCUAGAGUUAUAGAGAUUCAUCCCGGAAGCGAUGGAGUAGUGAGAGCAGCUGCAGUCAAAUGAAGAGAAAAAAUCACAAAGCGACACAGAUUGUGUCCACUGACAGUUGAAGAUGCACAAACAGCAUGCGAUAACUGUGAACAAGAAAACCAAGUCGAUACACUUUUCAGCAUGAAAAAGUCACAAAGGAAAAAUUUCGAAGGAGCGAAACUACUAAAAAUAAAAAAAAGUCGGGAGCAAAAUGAUAUAGUCCAUUAAACCGCGAUUUACUAAACUAACCGCACCAAUCAAUUUAUCAUUUUGACUUCUUGCCACCACUUUAUUUUUAUAUAUAUAUUACCCGCCAGCACUACAGUUUCGGUACAGAUUAGGCUAUAUAUAGAAAAAAAAAAGGAGCAGCUCAUAUCUGUCACGCUAUGUUGACAGUAAAACGCAUAACCCCAUGGAAGGACACCCAGAUGUGCGCCGUGCAAAAUUUUUGGCAAAACCUUUACUGAACGAAAUUAAUAUUUUAUUGCAAGAAAACGACGUAAUCUGCCGCGAAGAUUUGGUACAACAAAAAAAUGUCUGUCUGUCACCUUCUUCAACAAAUACAAUAAUAGGUGGCACACAAAAUACUCAAAGUUUCACAAUGAGCGGUGAUAGAACAUUAAUGAAUACUCUUGAAUCUGAUAGGAGCGAUAGCAGUGAGGUGGACAAACUUCAAUCUGUUUCAAUGACAAUGUGGACACCGACUUCACCAACAACGAAGAUGCGAAACAUCUCUAACAGGAAAAAUAUUUUCUCUUCAUUUGCAUUCUUACGAAACACUAGCACUCAAAGCAUUGAUAAUGCCGACGGUAUAAGUCAUAAAGAAGAACCAGAUUAUAUUUCAAGCUCAAUAUCGAAUAUAAUGCCUUUGGCUUAUGUUGAUCGCUUAGAUGAUAGCAAAAGGGUGAAUAAUUUAUUGAUUUCAAAUGACUUUGGGGCCGAAACGCAGCAUUAUUCAAGCUGCGCUCAUGGUACGCCGUCACGAAUGCCUUUGAUAUCAUCUGCUUCUACAAGCAACGACAGUAAAGUAUUUCGCCCGUUCGUCUGUACGUCUUCCCCAUCAAUAUAUGGUUUUAAUAACGCUACAAAAACUCUCCAUUUCCAUCGCUCUUCAACGAAUGUGCUCCCUAAUUCCAAUGAAAAAUUCAUGAUACAAGACCAGCAGCAAUUCCAGCGAGAAGGUCAACAUCAACGGACUCAAAAAUCAAUAAUGGUUAAUAGUGGAGUUAAAUGUAAUGGUCACGCGGCACGUAGGACUAGUUUAUCACCAAGCUUUUGCUAUGCAGAUGAUGCUCGAAGCAGAUUUAAUUGCGACAACAGUUACAACUCCGGCGACGAAGACGAUGGCAAAGAGUUGCAUGAAUUUGAAUUCUUACAGACUAAUUUACGAGGAGCUUCAUAUUUCGAUUUUUACAACAGUCCAUUGAAGUCGUUACAUUUUUCGCGAAAGAGUAGAAUUCAACAUUAUCAAGUUCCCCUUAUUAUUGUGAUAUUAAUAUUAAUCUUCUACGUAUGCUUGGGAACAAUGGUAUUUGCGCUAUGGGAAAACUGGUCUCUAAUCGAUGGUGCCUACUUUUGUUUUGUCACUUUGACAACCAUCGGAUGCAGUGGCCUUAUACCAGAAAAAACGCUCCAUGGAUCCGAAUUACAACUAAUCCUUUGUUGCGCUUACUUGUUCACUAUAUUUUCGGCUGAAUGUCCUGCGAUCCUAGAAGACAUACGCAUAGCGAGUGCUCAACCUCAAAAGAAAUUUCUUAUAGUGUCAGACAGUAAAUCUGUUUGA